UAUGGAAAUUGAGGGGAAAACAUUAUUAUAAAUAUGAGCCUACCAUCACCCACUUCGCUGCCUCAUCAAUCUCACAAACUAAUACUAAUCAUGUAUACCUAUAUAUACACACACAUAUAUUUCAGAAUCAACGAGCGCCUUUUUGUUUGAUUCACUACCCACAUAAUUCUAGCUUAAUCUUUUCGAUUCUUCUCUUCUCAACUACUCUAUUUUAAUCUCAAAUCAACACACACCACGCACAUAUAUAUGCAUAUGUAUAUAUAGGUCUGAUAUAUAUAGAGAAAGAAAAAAGCAGAGAUCCCAAGUAGUUAGAGUAGAGUAUAUGGAGAAGACAAAAGGGAACUCCAGAAGAGAUUCCAUGGCUAGAGCUGAGGAGGAGAUUUCCGUUGAUUGGAGAGGCAGACCCUGCAAGCCUAACAAACAUGGUGGAAUGUCUGCUGCCAUUUUUAUCCUUGGUCUGGAAGCAUUUGAAAUGAUGGCAAUAGCUGGAGUUGGAAACAAUCUGAUAACGUACGUGUUGAAGGAGAUGCACUUUCCUCUACCAAAAUCAGCAAACAUAGUCACCAACUUUAUAGGAACUGUCUUUCUCCUCUCCCUCCUGGGUGGCUUCCUCUCCGAUUCUUAUCUCGGCAGCUUUUCCACCAUCUUCCUCUUUGCCUUCGUUGAACUCUCUGGUUUCAUACUCCUGGCGGUCCAAGCACACGUGGCAGAACUCAGGCCGCCGAGUUGCAGUGAACCGGGCGAUGAGUGCGUGGAGGCGAAAGGGUACAAGGCUUUAAUAUUUUAUGGGGCGCUUUACUUGGUGGCGUUAGGGAGUGGGUGUCUUAAACCUAAUAUAAUAUCGCUUGGGGCGGACCAGUUCAGGGCCCAGUCUAAGAAGCUUUCUACCUAUUUCAACGCCGCGUAUUUUGCCUUCAGCACCGGCCAGCUCGUCGCCUUGACGCUUCUCGUCUGGCUUCAGACCAAUUACGGCAUGGACGUCGGUUUUGGCGUCUCCGCUGCUGCCAUGGCUGCCGCUCUCGUUAUCUUCAUUUCUGGUUCCUGCCGUUAUCGGAAUAACCUUCCCCGUGGCACGAUCUUCACCCCGAUUGCUCAGGUUUUUGUUGCUGCCGUAACCAAGAGAAAGCAAGUUUGCCCUUCCAACACAGAAAUGCUUCAUGGAAGCCAUCGUAAUCCGCAAAAUGCUACGUCAUCUACCGUCACCAACCUCCUACACACUGAAAAGUUGAGAUUCCUCGACAAGGCCUGCAUCAAAACACAAAAUCACGGAUCAGGAAACGACGUCGUCGAGGAGAGUCCAUGGAGGCUCUGCACUGUAACGCAAGUGGAGCAAGUGAAGAUCCUCAUCUCCGUCAUCCCCAUAUUCGCCUGCACCAUCAUCUUCAACACAAUUCUUGCUCAGCUCCAGACCUUCUCCGUCCAACAAGGAACCGCCAUGAACACUCGUCUCACCUCCACCUUCCAAAUCCCUCCAGCAACCCUCCAGUCCAUCCCUUACCUCAUUCUCAUCUUCGUCGUCCCUCUCUACGAAACUCUCUUCGUCCCCGUCACCCGCCGGAUCACAGGCAAGGACUCCGGCAUCUCCCCUCUCCAACGAGUCGGCGCCGGCCUCUUCACCGCCACCUUCUCCAUGGUUGCGGCCGCGCUGGUGGAAGCGAAGAGAAGAAAAACCGCUGUGCAAGAAAACUCGACUCUCUCCAUCUUCUGGAUCGCGCCGCAGUUUGUCAUAUUCGGCGUGUCGGAGAUGUUCACGGCGGUGGGGUUAAUAGAGUUUUUCUAUAAACAAUCGGUGGAAGGCAUGCAGGCGUUUCUGACCGCCAUGACUUACUGCUCGUACUCUUUUGGGUUCUACCUGAGCUCGAUACUGGUAUCAAUGGUGAACAAGAUCACGUCAUCAAGUUCAUCGGGAGGUGGAGGGUGGCUGAGCGACAAUGAUUUGAACAAAGACAGGCUUGAUCUUUUCUACUGGAUGUUAGCUGGGCUGAGCAUGGUCAACUUUUUUAAUUAUCUUUUCUGGUCAACGUGGUAUUCAUACAAUCCAUCUUUGUCACUCAGUACGAGUUGCGCAACUCGUGACUCAGCUGAUGAAGAUCUUGAGAACCAAACCAUCACUUCUUCAAAGUAUGUUGGAGCUGACAAUACCAUUACCUGAUUAGAACCCAGUAAUAAUAUUAAUUAUAUAAUGCAUAUGUAUUAUAUAUAUUUUUAUACAUAGCUGAUGAUCAUCAUUUUUCCUUGACCUA